CUCUCGGCUCUCGAUCGUUUCGCUCGAUACAUAGAUUAUCUUGACGUCCCUAACGAUGACACCCGUAGCAUCAACAUCGGCUGUCCAGCAAAAGAAACGCAAGAGGUCAAAGCACGGCGGGAGCACUGCCGUCGCCUCGACUUCGACAUCGACCACAGAGGCGAGUCCGGUGAAAAAGGUCAAGACCAAGGGAGAGGGCAAGCAACGUCAAGCUGUUGCUGCCGUAGAGAAGGAGGAUGACGAUGAGGAUGCUGUCGAGGAGCAGGAAGAGUCGGCCGCCGGGCUGUCUGGGGGACAAGCUAUGGACACGACCCCAGCCUCUGCUCCUGUCUCUGCCGAGGCUGGUCCUUCGACAACCUCGGCCGCAUCGGACACACCUACUACCACCGCCGGAACGGCCCUCACCUCCCAAACUUUCACCUCUCUCAACCUCUCUUCCCAAACUCAAUCCGCUAUCGACGCCCUCGGAUUCACCUCGAUGACAGAAGUACAAGCCCGGACCAUCCCUCCUCUCCUCUCCGGUCGUGACGUCCUCGGUGCAGCCCGAACCGGAUCCGGCAAGACCCUGGCCUUCCUGAUCCCUUCCAUCGAAAUCCUCAGUACUCUCAAGUUCAAACCGGCCAACGGGACGGGUAUCAUCAUCCUCACGCCAACCAGGGAACUGGCCCUACAGAUCUUCUCCAUCGUGAGGGAUCUGAUGGGUGGAUUCCACAGUCAAACUUUCGGAGUGGUCAUGGGCGGUGCGAAUAGGAAAUCCGAGGCGGAUAGGUUGGCCAAGGGGGUCAACCUGAUCGUGGCUACUCCGGGGAGGUUGUUGGAUCACUUGAGGAAUACCAAAUCCUUCGUUUUCAAGAAUCUCAAAGCGCUCGUCAUCGACGAGGCGGACCGGAUCUUGGAAGUCGGGUUCGAGGAGGAGAUGAAGGAGAUCAUCAAGAUCUUGCCUAACGAGAACCGCCAGACCAUGCUCUUCUCAGCCACCCAGACGACCAAAGUGCAGGACCUCGCUCGAAUCUCUCUCCGUCCCGGCCCUCUUUACAUCAACGUCGACUCGGACAAGUCGACCUCGACCGCAGCGAUGCUCGAGCAGGGUUACAUUGUCACCGAGUCGGACAAGAGGUUCCUCCUCCUGUUCACCUUUUUGAAGAGGAACUUGAAGAAGAAGGUCAUCGUGUUCUUUGCGAGUUGUAACGAGGUCAAGUAUUAUGCGGAGUUGUUGAACUAUAUCGAUAUCCCGGUCCUGGACCUACAUGGCAAGCAAAAGCAACAAAAGCGAACCAACACCUUCUUCGAGUUCUGUAACGCUCCGUCCGGCCACCUCCUCUGUACCGAUGUCGCCGCCCGUGGACUCGAUAUCCCCAAGGUCGACUGGAUCAUACAGUUCGACCCUCCCGAUGAUCCUCGUGAUUACAUUCACCGAGUCGGACGAACUGCCAGAGCGGGCAAGAGUGGGAAGAGCUUGUUGUUCCUCUUGCCUAGCGAACAGGGGUUCUUGCAGUUUUUGGCUGCUGCCAAGGUGCCUCUGAACAAGUUUGAGAUCAAGCCGGAGAUGAUCGCCAACGUUCAGGAUCAGCUCGAAAAACUGAUCUCGAAGAACUACUACCUCCAUCAAUCUGCCAAGGAUGGCUACCGAUCCUACCUCCAAGCCUACGCUUCCUACUCGCUCAAGGCAAUCUUUGACAUCAACAAGCUCGACCUCGCAAAGGUCGGAAAGUCCUUUGGGUUCGCCAUCCCGCCCAAGGUCAACAUUUCCAUCGGCACAUCGUUAAAGUCGGGGAAAAAGGCGAGAAAGGCAGGAGAGGAUAGUGACGAUUCGGACGAGGGCGGUGAGGAAGGGGGUAAGCCGAAGAAGGCUUAUUACCGGUCACAACAUCAGAACCGGAAACGACCUCGAGUGGGCGGCAAUUAGAGCCCCCGGGUCGCGUGCACUGUUUAGCAUCUUUCUUUCGUUUCGGCUUAUUACUUGUUGUUCCUUGUAUCCGGGGUCGCUAGCUAUAUAUCAAUGAUUCGGCUACAACGUACAUGCGAAA